CACCGCUGGUGAGUUUGAGGGUUUGACGGAUUCCCGGAGCCUGGCUGCACCCGGAUGGAUGGCCCAAGACCUUCUGUUUAGCUCCUAUGGAAGAGGGUCUCAGCCUCACAACCAGAGUCUUGUGCCACCUCUGAGGCUCGUGGUGAAAGGCUGUCCCUCUCCAGCCUCAGUUUCCCUACCCAGAGGGGCCCUUGCUGGCCAGUGGUGAAAGUUGGGUCCUUUUUCCAUCCCUUGUGCUGGGCGACUGUAGCCAGCUCACCCAACCUCUCUGGGCCUGCCUUCCGCUUAGAGUUCUACCUUGUCCCCAGAGCAUUUGUGAGUCCGAGUUCCACAGAAGAAUUCCUUUGAGUUAUUUAUUCUAUCCCGAUCACAAAUGGAGGCCCAAAGUGCUGUUACAAAAAAAAAAAUGAUGUCCGUUUGGUUUUGGAAGAAAUAGAAGGACUUUUUGUUUAAACACAUUCUGCCGAGUCUGGGAAUUGGUUUGCAUUGAAGGAGGUCACCCAGUUGCUGGGAGGAGAUCAGGAGGCCAGCCGGGGAUGAAAACUUUGCUUGUGUAAUGUAUGGCCACCCCCUGGGUGACUGGAGGUUGACCACAAUGGAUAAAGGGCAAGAGCACUGGUUUUGGAGUCAGAUGAUGUGCCCUCUGCCAUCCUGCCUCCUGGGCUGUGAUGCCAGCUUACACGGAGGCUCAGAGUUGCUUUGAGGCAGAAGCGAAAUGCGGGUGAAAGUUCCUUGUAAACAGCAAGCCGCUGUAAAUUACUGAUGUUAGUGCCUCACCAUAUUGAUAUUUUGGGCUUGUAUGUGGUAUUGUCCUUGUCAGGAUCCCUCAAGGAACAUUUACCUCUAACAACUCCUGUGUUAACGCAGAUCUGGCCUUACUAUCUUAUGUGUGUAUGUAAGUAUGUAUGUAUUUUUCAGUGGGCUCCACACCCAAUGUGCAGCUUGAACUCAUGAUCCUGAGAUCAAGAGUUUGUGUUCUAUCUACUGAGCCAGCCAGGCCUGCCUUACUAUUAUUUUUACGCGGUUAGACUUUGUCUUCUAUGGCGAGAUAAAGUUGUCUUGAGGGAGUGUGCUGAACAACGAAGGCCCAGAGAAGCAACAAUGAAUAUUUUACGUGCCAAGAUGGAGGCAAGAGACAAAGUUAAUUAUAACCAAAUACUCUUAUUAGGUGGGUUUUUUUUUUUGUUAGGCUAUUAAGCUCCAAGAAGGCAGGGUAUUAACACCCUUAGUUCUUACCCUUAGCUGUUGAUUAGCUGGGCUAUUAGUUCUAUAAGGGAAGUGUUUUAAUUGCUUUGUUCACUGCUGACGCUCUAGCACCUGGCACAUAGUGGGCCUAAAACAAAUAUUGGAAUGUCUCAGGGCCUGAAGGGACCUUUGACGUUACUGAUAAAUUCACUCUCUCCUUUGACAUCUGGAGAAACAGGGCCAAAAGGGGAAUGGACUUGUUGUCCAAGGUCACACAGGGAUUAAGCGGCUGAGCCGGGACUAGAAUCCAACAAACAGCAAAAACAGCGGCGCCAUGCUGUGCCAGAACUAACAUCUUGCAUCAGUAACUUUGUUUUGCUUUCACAAGAGCCCAAGGGGUAGCUAUUAUUAUCCUUUGAUUAUCAAUGAGGAAAUAGGCUCAGAGAGGUUAAGGGACUUACCAAAGUCACAGAGCUGUUAAAUUUCAGACUUGAAAUCCCAUCCUCACAUAAAAAUGGGAACAUGGCUUCACUUGAAGUAGUCUGCCGGGAGUGGUACAUACCCUCCCUUGGGACGUCAGCUCUCUCCAAUUCUGCGUGGUCACCACCUCGGUGGCUUCUCUUGGGGCUGGAUUUUCCUAGGCCCGUAGGCAUUUCGUUUGUGUGGGUGAGCCUGUCUGUUUCAUUCAACAUGUGCCCCAGCCCUGUCGCAUUUUGCCUGCCAUGUGCACUAAAAUCUACGGGAUGGGUAUAACCCGGGGCUCUGCCACUUCAAAGCCCAUUUACUACCCCAUCCCGACAACCUGGUCUUCUGUUUUGCUCACAGGUACUUACGGGACUUUUUGACCGUGUGUGUCAGGUAGAGACCAGGCAAGACUUGGUUGAGAAGCUAGGGGGACAGAAGCCAGUCAAGUUUUCCUGACACCCAUCAACCAGGCCCUGGUCACCUGGUCUCAGCCCAGCUUUGCCUGCCUUGCCGUGUGAUCUUGGCUCCCUGCCUGGCCCACAGUCAUGGCCACGAUGGUGGCCCAGAAGCUCAGCCACCUCCUGCCCAGUUUGCGGCAGGCCCACCAGGAGCCUCGGCCGUCCAGGCGGCCAGAGCCCGUGUUCACAGUGGACCGUGCCGAAGUGCCACCGCUCUUCUGGAAGCCGUACGUCUACGUGGGCUACCGGCCGCUGCAUCAGACCUGGCACUUCUACUUCCGCACGCUGUUCCAGCAGCACAACGAGGCGGUGAACGUGUGGACCCACCUGCUGGCAGCCGUCGUGCUGCUGCUGCGGCUGGCCGUCUUCGUGGGGACCGUGGGCAUCUGGGGAGACCCGCACGCGCUGCCCCUCUUCAUCCUCCUCCUCGCGUCCUUCACCUACCUCUCCUUCAGCGCCUUGGCUCACCUCCUGCAGGCCAAGUCCGAGUUCUGGCAUUACAGUUUCUUCUUCCUGGACUACGUGGGCGUGGCCGUGUACCAGUUCGGCAGCGCCCUGGCACACUUCUACUACGCCAUCGAGCCUGCCUGGCACGCCCGGGUGCAGGCCGUCUUCCUGCCCGUGGCCGCCUUUCUCGCCUGGCUUUCUUGCACUGGCUCCUGCUACAACAAGUACAUCCAGAAGCCUGGCCUGCUGGGCCGCACUUGCCAGGAGGUGCCCUCAGCGCUGGCCUACGCGCUGGACAUCAGCCCCGUGGUGCAUCGCAUCCUGGUGUCCCCUGACCCUACCUCAGACGACCCGGCUCUUCUCUACCACAAGUGCCAGGUGGUCUUCUUCCUGCUGGCCGCCGCUUUCUUCUCCACCUUCAUGCCUGAGCGCUGGUUUCCUGGCAGCUGCCACGUCUUCGGGCAGGGCCACCAGCUCUUCCAUGUCUUCCUGGUGCUGUGCACGCUGGCCCAGCUGGAGGCCGUGGCACUGGACUACGAGGCCCGGCGGCCCAUCUAUGAGCCUCUGCAUACCCGCUGGCCCCACAACUUCUCUGGCCUCUUUCUGCUCACCGUGGGCAGUAGCGUCCUGACCGCGUUCCUCCUGAGCCAGCUGGUACGGCACAGACUCAACCGGAAGGCCCAGUGAA